UUAUAGCGAUUAGCGACCCGACCCUGCUAUACCUAUACCCGAUUUCCACUCCUUAGUCCUUCCUUCCCUCCCGCGCUCGCUGUGGCCACUUCCAAGCUCAGCCACUUCUUCUUGCUCAGCGCAGGCUCAUGGCUUCUCUCGACGCUUGUUCUUCUUACUCUUCCUCAGCUUUCAUCUCCGGUCUGCGUUCUUUACCCAACCAAUUGCAGACCUGGAAUCUUUUCUACCUCCUCAAGUGCCCCUCCUCUCGCCGUUACCCAUCCUCCCCUUCCCCUUUCUCCACCCUCACCCGCCCUUGCCGCCGCCCCUUCCCCUGCUCGACUACGUCCCCGCGCCGAUAGCAUCGACCUCGACAACGACCCAAUCUCCCUCCUCCACCUCAGAAUUCGCCGCUACCACACCAGCCGGGAUUCCUCCUCCAGACCUGCCAUGGACUCCAAGGAGGCCGAUAAAUACAUUCAGCUGGUGAAGGAGCAGCAGCAGAGAGGUUUGCAGAAGUUGAAGGGAGAAAGGCAGUCCAAAUCCAACUCUGACGGAGGAGGAUUUAGCUAUAAGGUCGACCCCUACACACUCUGUCCCGGAGACUACGUCGUCCACAGGAAGGUCGGUAUUGGGAAGUUUGUCGCCAUCAAGUUCGAUAUCCCUAGCCCUUCUUCUCCGCCUAUCGAGUAUGUCUUCAUCGAAUACGCUGACGGCAUGGCCAAGCUCCCUCUUCACCAGGCCUCUCGCUUGCUUUAUCGUUACAAUCUCCCCAAGGAAACGAAAAGGGCCCCGGGCGCUGAGCAAAUUGAGCGACCCAGGUGCGUGGGAGAAGAGAAAGACCAAAGGUAAGGUUGCAAUCCAGAGAAUGGUUGUUGACUUGAUGGAGUUGUAUUUGCACCGGCUAAAGCAAAGACGGCCUCCUUACCCGAAGAAUGCUGCCGUGGCAGAGUUUGAAGCUCAUUUUCCUUAUGAACCCACUCCUGAUCAGAAACUGGCUUUCCGUGAUGUUGAGAGGGAUCUAACUGAGAGGCAAACUCCAAUGGACCGAUUGAUAUGUGGGGACGUUGGUUUUGGGAAAACAGAAGUUGCUUUGCGUGCCAUCUUCUGUGUUAUCUCAGCAGGAAAGCAAGCAAUGGUUUUGGCACCAACAAUUGUCCUGGCCAAGCAACACUAUGAUGUUAUUUCAGAACGUUUUUUCUAAGUAUCCUGAUGUCAAGGUCGGACUUCUUAGUCGGUUUCAGACCAGAGCAGAAAAGGAAACUUAUCUGGAAAUGAUCAAACAUGGUGAUUUGGACAUAAUUGUUGGGACUCACUCACUUCUUGGAAGCCGUGUUGUGUAUAACAAGUUGGGUCUUCUUGUUGUUGAUGAAGAACAGGUCAGGUGAGGUUCAUAAGGCCUUGAACGAGCAUGCCCAUAUCCAUGCUUGAAGUGCAAACACUAAUUUAAUGUCCAUUUGCUUCCAGAGGUUUGGUGUCAAACAAAAGGAGAGGAUAGCUUCUUUCAAAACUUCUGUUGAUGUGCUUACUCUCUCAGCAACUCCAAUACCUCGAACUCUUUAUUUAGCACUCACCGGAUUCCGUGAUGCAAGUUUAAUUUCAACUCCACCACCUGAAAGGGUUCCUAUAAAGACCCAUUUGUCUCCAUACAACAAAGAGAAGGUAGCAUUGGCAGUAAAAAAUGAGUUGGACCGGGGAGGCCAAGUGUUUUAUGUCUUGCCACGUAUUAAAGGACUGGAACAAGUAAACGUCUUGUUGAACAAUGAUUUAGUUUAUUCUCCUGUAAUAUUUGUUAUUCUUGGGCUGACAGGACUAGAAGAAGUUAAAGAUUUCCUUGAACAUUCAUUUCCUGAUGUCGAAAUAGCCAUUGCACAUGGGAAGCAAUACUCAAAGCAACUUGAGGACACCAUGGAGAAAUUUGCGCUAGGUGAAAUAAAGAUUCUCAUAUGUACCAAUAUAGUAGAAAGUGGGCUUGAUAUUCAGAAUGCAAAUACCAUCAUAAUUCAAGAUGUUCAGCAAUUUGGACUGGCACAACUGUAUCAGUUACGUGGAAGAGUGGGCCGGGCAGAUAAGGAAGCUCAUGCUUACCUAUUUUAUCCCGACAAAUCAUUCCUAACUGAUCAAGCCCUGGAGAGACUGCAAGCAAUGGAAGAAUGCCGAGAACUUGGACAGGGUUUCCAAAUUGCUGAAAGAGACAUGGGUAUAAGAGGCUUUGGGACAAUCUUUGGUGAGCAACAAACUGGGGAUGUGGGGAAUGUUGGCAUUGAUCUCUUCUUUGAAAUGCUUUUCGAGAGCUUGUCCAAGGUUGAAGAGCACUGUGUGGUAUCAGUUCCUUACAAUUCUGUUGAGAUUGAUCUGAAUGUAAAUCCCCAUCUUUCUUCCGAAUACAUAAAUUAUCUGGAGAACCCCAUUAAAAUUAUUGGUGAAGCAGAGAAAGCUGCAGAGAAAGACAUUUGGAGUCUGGUACAGUUCACAGAGAAUUUGAGGCGCCAAUAUGGAAAAGAGCCCCACACCAUGGAAAUUUUACUGAAGAAACUAUAUGUGAGGAGAAUGGCUGCAGAUAUGGGGAUAAUGAGAAUAUAUGCUUCAGGAAAGAUGGUUGGCAUGAAAACAAACAUGAGCAGAAGAGUUUUCAAGCUGAUGACAGACUCUCUGUCUUCAAAUGUGCAUGGGAACUCCUUGGUCAUUGAAGGAGACAUAAUAAAGGCAGAAUUACUACUGGAGCUCCCAAGUGAACAGCUGCUAAAUUGGGUGUUCCAGUGCUUGUCGGAACUUCAUGCGUGUCUGCCUAACCUCAUAAAAUACUAGAUUUGCAUAGGUGAACCUUAGAUAGGUGGUAUUCUUUGGGAGCCUGCUUAUUUAGCAGGUGAUUGCAUCC